UUGGGAUUUUCCUUGGAAGUGUAUGUGAGACGAGCUCAUAACUUUUGUUUCUUCCCACGAAGGUUGUGGAGCCUCAAUACUGAGUUUUUGAUUAUAUAAUAAAUAUAUUUUUAUUGUUCUUUAUUUUUGGCCGAUAUGCGGCACACAUUUUGCGCAUCCUCGGAUUGGGUUGUCAAUUCUCAACUGGAUUAUUUUCAAAACAACAUGAGAUUAUAGACACUGAUGGUCAAACUGCGUGCUCAAGGAAUUGCCAUGGAUUUUUCCCGCCUGCACACGUAUACUCCUCCGCACUGUACUCCGGAUAACACCGGCUAUACCUAUUCACUCAGCUCGAGUUACUCAUCCGCAGCGCUUGAGUUCGAGAAAGAGCACAAGAUCAAUCCAGUGUACGACUCACCCAGAAUGUCACGCCGGAGUUUAAGACUACACACCACCACUGGUUUCUAUGGCGACAGUCUCACGGAAAUGACGCCGAAUCGCAAUGUGAGCUCUUACAAGCAUACCAGUGGCAGCAGUUCGAGCGUCAGCAGGUCUGUUCGGAGCAGAAGGCAGCAGCAGGAAUCGUCCAUUUACGAGUCUCAGAAUGUGACUCAAACUCCUCAGAAAGAUCAGACGACGUCGGACACGAGCUUCAUCAGUUCAGCCAGUGAUGCGUCUCUGAUCUCCAGUCUGCUGGAUCAGUCCACGCUCAGAAAGAGCUCGACCACACACACAUUCUCUGCACGGAGGAGGAGAACCGAACAGAGCUCAUUGUUGGGGAAUGGAGACGUUACCAAUACAGAGACACAUACUAAUGUGGAGAAUGGCUACUUCUGUAAGGACUGCUCCUUCAACACAGACAAGACGGAGACCGAUACGGCAGGUUCUUUAGUGAACUCUGCAUCCGUAUCCUCUGCAAUCCAUCAGACGGAUACAGACGUCACUCAUACCACCUCUCUGAACAGUGUUGAUAAGACAGCUCAUGACAGUUACUGUGGCAGUAUAAAUGUGAGAGAUCUGGUGACUGCAGACAGCCGUCUCAAUCUCAAUGGAUCACUCUGUGAUGACUGUAAAGGAAAGCAGAACAUGGAAAUACAAAUGGAGCACAAAUACACUUCCUUCAUCCGCCAUGUAUUCACAGUAUUGUGGGCGCUUGUUUCUUGCACAGGUUACGGUCUGCUGCGAGUUUGCCGAGGUUUUGGUUCAGCUGCUGCUUUUAUGGCUCAGAAGCUGAAGUCCAUUCUGUGGUUGGCCUUGUUGUCUCCAGGUGAUGACUGUAACACGCAGCAGCACAUGGAAAUAUACACGGAACACUUACACAUUUCCUACAGCCAGCACGUGUUCACAGCAUUGUGGACCCUUGUUUCUUACACAGGUUACGGUCUGCUGCGGGUUUGCCAAGGUUUUGGUUCAGCCGCUGCGUUUGUGACUCGGAAACUGAAGUCCCUUCUGUGGUUGGCCGUGUUGUCUCCAGGGAAAGCAGCAACCGGUGCCUUCUGGUGGCUGGGAACAGGAUGGUAUCAUCUGGUAGCUCUCAUGUCUCUGCUCAACGUCUUUCUCCUCACCAGGUGUCUGCCCAAACUACUGAAGCUACUUUUGUUUCUGCUACCCUUCCUUCUGCUGUUUGGAUUAUGGUGCCUCGGUCCAAGCGUUCUGUCCUGCCUUCCAGCUGUAAACCUCACAGAAUGGAAGACACUGGUCACCUCCAUGACAUCACUUCCUGCUCUCCCUUCUCUUCCUUCCUUACCCUCUUUACCUGCGUUCUUCUCUUUGACAUCAGAGCCACUCGUCAAAGAGCAACACAUCCCACCUCCAGUCAUCUCGCAGCCUGCGUCAGAGUCGAUUUACAUCGAGCGUUUGGCUCGGCUGGAGCUGCGGAUGGUGGCGCUAUUGGAGAGUGUCCAGCAGGGGGAGCUGAAAGCAAAGCAGCAGCAUCAGGAGGCUUUGGGAUUGGUUCAAGCUCUUCAGGAGCAGAUAAACACUCAAACAGACAGAGAAACACUCAGCCUCUGGGUCUCACAACUGCUCGAACCCAAAUUCAAUGAGAUCAAGGAGGAGAUUGAGAGAGAGGUGUCCAGCAGUGCAAAGACUAAGGAACAGCAUGUUCAGCAUCAGGCUGGUCUAGAAUCUCGACUAACUGAGCUGGAACUCCUGCUGCAGAACCUGAAUUCAAGAACUGAGGAAAUUCAUCAUAAACAGCAGACUUCUGCACCAGCCCCUGUCAGUGUUGGAGUAUCUCAAGAGAAGCACAAUGUUCUGCUCUCUGAGGUUCAGAGGUUGGAAGCUGAGCUCGGACGCAUCAGAGGAGACCUGCAAGGCGUGAUGGGAUGUCAAGGGAAAUGUGACCAACUCGACACCAUACAUGAAACUGUGUCGGCACAGGUGAAGGAUGAACUGUACACUCUGUUGUACGGUAAUAACAGAGGUGAAGCAGAGAUCCCUGAGCCUCUGAUGUCAUGGCUUGCCUCUCAUUACACACGUUCCUCUGACCUCACCACCAUGCUCACAACCCUGGAGCGCAGCAUUCUGGGAAACCUUUCUAUCCAGCUGCAGGAGAGCAAACCGCAGCAGUCCUAUGCUCAAACUGUCACUGAGACCGUUGCCCACACCGCAGGGGCUGCUGGGUUGUCAGAGCAGCAAGUCCAGCUGAUGGUCCAGCGUGCUUUGAAGUUGUAUUCUGAGGAUCGCACCGGACAGGUGGAUUAUGCACUGGAGUCUGGAGGUGGCAGUAUUCUCAGCACACGCUGUUCUGAAACAUAUGAGACAAAAACCGCUCUGAUGAGCUUGUUUGGACUUCCACUGUGGUAUUUCUCACAGUCGCCACGUGUUGUCAUCCAGCCGGACAUGUACCCAGGCAACUGCUGGGCGUUUAAAGGCUCCCAAGGUUACCUGGUGAUCAGGCUCUCUUUGAGUGUGCUCCCUACCGCUUUCUGUCUGGAACAUAUUCCCAAAUCUCUCUCUCCAUCGGGGAACAUCAGCAGUGCACCACGUCGAUUCACUGUCCACGGAUUGGAUGAUGAAAACCAGGAGGAAGGGAAACUUCUGGGUGACUACACCUAUGAAGAAGAUGGAGAGUCAUUGCAGAUGUUCCCGGUCAUGGAAAAGAAUGACAAGGCGUUUCAGGUCAUAGAGAUGAGAGUGCUGUCCAACUGGGGUCAUCCCGAAUACACCUGCCUGUACCGUUUCAGAGUCCACGGCAAACCCCACACUCAAUAAUCUGACCCCACUCAACUUUACUAUAUACCCUUUUAUGUACAUAGAGGAGAUGCUUGGAUGUGGCACAGCGGAAACUGGGCUUAUCAGCUACAUUUUUAAGACUUUAAUACGAUAUGACGUCCGAAACAGUGUAAAUUCAUUGCUCCGCUCUGCUCCUCUUAACUCUAAAGGAUUUCCACUUAUUCCUUCCUUGUUCUUGCACUGAUUCGACCUAUUUGGCUCCUGUCCUCAUUGGCUCUCCCGUAGAGGUUUCUGUGCCUUCAGACAGAACAUGCUUCACUCAUUCAAUGUAUAUUUUGUUGUUUUCUCUAUGUUCAGAUUCUCAAUCCACAUGGUUGAAUUGAGUUAAGCUAAGACUUUCAAUCUCGUCCACUGGUCACUGCCACUUUAACAAUUCGUUAACUAGUCCGCAAGGUCACAGGAAGUUAUAAGACGGGAUUGUUGUUGCUUUUAAACCUUUAUCGCCACCAAACCAGUGAAUCUCAAACCUGUCAAGAACAUGCACCGGUCAUAUUUCACCCACCACAAAUUGUUUUGCCAAAAUAAAAGUCCCCCUUUUUUAAUUUUUUUUAAAACUUUUCACAAUGUGAAAUUACUUAGUCAAUUAAUCAACCAUUUUCAUGUCAUUUGCAUUACUGAAAUGCAUUAAUAGUUAUUUAUACAUUGUAGUACGUUUUGUUCAACUGCCUUUUCAUUUAUACUGAUUUAUUUACAUUUUAAAACCUCAUUAUUUUACAGUAAUUUUUUAUUGUAAUACAAUUUUUUUUUUCCAAAUGCAGUAAAACGAGUGUUUUUGUUAUUAUUAAUAUUAUUAUUAUUAUUAUUAUUAUUAGAUACAUUUGGAGGCAAAUGUGCUUAAGUUGCAAUGCAAACAAUCUGAAAUGGUCCCAUUUAAUUUUCUUUAUGCAAAGAUGAUAUUGUAUUUUUUCGGUUUUGGGGUAAAAUGUGACCUGGAUGUGUUUUUGUCAGGUUCACCCAAACUGGCACCUCACAUCACAUCCUUUAUGUAUCUUAAAAAUAAAUGCAUAACAGCCAGACAUAGUAAGAGACCAUUCAAACAGUAUCUUGAAGGAAGGGAAUGGAUUUCAAUGGACUGAUUUGUGUACCGUGCACUAAACGCAUCACUCGUUAGCAGGCAUAUCACAGCGCAGUGUUCAUACUCUGCAGGAAUGUAACUUAUUGUAACAAGUCCUUUUGAAUCUACUUAUAUCAGUGUUGAUUUUGCAAAACAGGGUGCGACCUGUGAUCAUUAUAGUUUCUUUUUGAUUUUUUAGUUAAAGUAGGCAAUGCACUGUUUAUAAAGGAAGUGUAUGUUGCACAAGUCCUAUGUAAUUCAUUGGAUCAUUUUAAAAGGCAGGGCUGCAUUUAUAGAACUGCUUUGUUGACCUCAAAGAGACCGUUUGUAAAAUACUAUUGAUUUGUUCAUAACUAUUUAUUUGACAGAAAUGUAGUUAAGUAAUAGGACUUUAUGCGGUGUUUUUGUAAAAUGCUUUUCAGUGCAUACGUGUCUGUUUAUAUUAUUUAGAUAUGUUUUUGUUUCCGUAAAGAAAUGGCUACAGUGCUAUGAAUUACCAGAAUGAUCAUUUUAAAGCUAUUUGUAUGAUUUCGUAUUAAAGCUUUAGUUUAAAAACACUGAAAUGCAGCGUUUGUAAAGGAGUAGUUCACCAAAAGAUACAAAUUCUGUCCUUAUUCACUCACCCUCAUAUUGAAACCCGGUUCGACGCGUCUUGACGUGCCGUAUUAAUAAAAACUCCCAAAUCUCGCUGUUUUUUUUUCAAAAGAUUUUCAGCUAAUAAUGGGUUAAAAUUUGUUCCGAUUUAACACAAAUCUGUCUAUUAGGCUUUAAAAGACUUGAACUUGUGGACUAUGUUUAUGGUGCUUUUUGUCAUUUUUGGAGUGUCCCUUUUUUUGACACAGUCGUACAGUUUUUUCCUGUUCACCAGCCUGGAGAUAGCCAGUGAUUUGGCUCAUUCUGCUCCACACCUCCUUGUUGCUGUUUGGAGGACUGCAGUCCAGCACGUCCCUGUAUCUAUAUCGAAACAUUCAGAUAGAAAGGGAUUCACUUUAAAGGGAUAGUUUGUUCUUCUGCUGAACACAAAUUAAGAUUUUUAGAAGAAUAUUUCAGCUC